UGAGGAUUGAUCACGUUUGGAUCCGUGAAUGAUAUCUUUUCGAUCGUUAGGCCAAAGCAAAGCAAAACGGCAAAGCGCAAAACGCAAAACAGCAAAGUGGAGGUUGCUGUCGGAGAUGAUAGGAUCGAUAACGGUAUUAACAGAGUGAAUCAAAUCGACCAACCUUAAUACAACCCAACACGCACUGCCUCCCUACGUGUUCUUACUAUACCACUAGUAGUGAGCCUUGCCAAGAGAAGCAGAAAUGGUCCCCUCCAGAUCUGCAGUUUUUGGUGGACCAGAAGGAUCUUUGGAUUGGCCAGGUUCUUUCUUGUCUGGGCAUGGGACAGUUUGCCUUUGUUGGCAGUGUCAACAAGCAGUGGAAGCAGCUUUAUCAAGAAUUCUGUGACACUGUGAAGGAGCCUCCACUCGUGCCAGCAGAGUGGCCCGAAGAAAAUCGCCCAACAAACUACAGAGAUACAUAUUACUCAGCAGCAUUCUACAAUGUAUCCACUGCUGAAUACUGGCACAAAUACAAUCAAAACUCAGGGAAGUCCCCUCGGCACCAUAAGGUUUGCACCGCAAUUGCCAAAGUGGGGUCGCUGCCAGUGAUGAAAUGGGCACGAAAAAUGGAUUUCCAUGGGACAAAAACACCUGUUAUGCUGCGGCCGAGGGUGGCCAUUUGGACGUCCUGAAAUGGGCUCGUGGAGAUGGCUGCCCAUGGGACAAGGAGGCUUGCGAAAAUGCUGCUCGAAAUGGGCAUUUGGAACUUCUGCAAUGGGCUCUUGACCAGGGCUGCCCAUGGGAUGCUUCGGUAUGUGCUGCGGCCGCCGGCGGUGGAUUUCUGCAUAUCUUGAAAUGGCGGCACGAGAAGGGAUGUCCAUGGGAUCCAUCGGUUUGUGCUGCCGCCGCCCGUGGUGGACAUCUGCAUAUCUUGAAAUGGCUGCAUGAGAAUGGAUGCCCAUGGAAUCCUUCAACAUGUGCCGAUGCUGCGGCGGGAGGUCAUUUGGAUGUAUUGAAGUAUGCCCGUGAGAAUGGCUGUCCAUGGAAUUGUUCAACAUGUUCUUAUGCCGCAUGGGGAGGCCACCUGAAUAUCCUGAUAUAUGCCCAUUCUCAUCGGUGUCCACGGGAUGAAACUACCGAUACCUGUUGUGGUGCUGCCUUGGGUGGCCAUUUGGAAGUCUUGAAAUGGGCCAGAGAAAAUUUUUGUCCAUGGAAUACCUGGACAUGCGCUUUGGCUGCCAAGGGUGGUCAUUUGGAAGUUCUGAAAUGGGCCCAUGAUAAUGGGUGUGAAUGGGACUCAAAGACAUGUUCCUGUGCUGCCGAGGGUGGGCAUUUGGAGGUCCUGAAAUAUGCCCGUGAGAACAACUGCCCAUGGGAUCAUAGGACCAUCGUAGAAGCAUCUGCCUAUAUGCGCCAGGAUGUUCUUAACUGGGCACGAGAAAACGGCUGCCCUGAAGGAUGAACUGGCAAUUUGCCUGAGUAUGUAGCCAACACUGGAUAGUGAAGUUUGCUGUCCUUACAGAAAAAAUACCUGCCCAUAUACCUGGCAGCACAAUUUCCGUACAGUGUACCAGACAUCCCAUCGCAUUUUGCGCAAGUCAGCUCUGAUAUAGCUAGACCAGGUCUCUUUCCCCCUGCCGUCCUCUUCUAGGUUCGAAACAAACUACUUCCCAACAGUCUUCUCUUUGACGUACAUUCCAAAAGGACUUGACCUUGUGGCCUGCCCUCUUCCUUACCAGUACAUCUACCCUUCCUCUUUGCAAUCCUGAAAGGAUGACAGUCACAACAGCGCAGCUUAACAGACUCUUUAUUAAGAUUUAUUCACCA